AUGGAAUUCCUCAAGCCCGAAGGAACCUCUUCUUCUGCAGACUUUGACUCUCUACCAUACUCCCGCGUUCGCCUAGCAUGGUAUUACCGCCCCCGCGACGUUUCCGACCGCCCCGGUGGUGACUCCCGCUUGUUACUUGCAGCGAUCUACUCCGAAAUAUGUGAUAUCAAUCAAGUUAGGGCGAAAUGUUUUGUAGUUCAUCGAGACAAGAUUAGUGAUUUAGCGGGGUGGAAGAAGCGGCCGGAUAGGUUCUAUUUUAUGAGGCUAUUUGAUCCAUAUCUCAAAAAGGAAUUCGAGAUUAUCCAGGCGUCGGACGUGAAAAACGUACCGGAAGACGUUAGGAACACGCUGGUUGAGCGAUACGAAUAUGUUGCUGCAGAGAAAGAAGUUGUCCCGGAUCUCACUGACGCGCUCCGUCUGUGUGAUACAUGUACAGUCUGGUGUGCAAGCUUGGAAUCUGUUCAAUGCGACCGGUGCAAGAAAUAUUUCCAUAUGCACUGCGUUCAACCUCCUCUACAAGCAAAGCCUUCUCGCGGCUAUGGAUGGACCUGCGCACCAUGCUCCCGCCGACAUGAGGAGGAAGUUGAUUCACGCGCCGCCGUACGCCAUGCGACGCCAGUCCCCAUCAAACCCCCGCUCAAGUCCAAUGCUCCUGCCCCUCGUGGUCGUGGUCGUCCUCGAAAAGACCGUACUCAGGCAGAGAAGGAAGAGAAUUUUCCUGUGAAACACUUUAGGUUAUGGCCGUUUAGAUAUUUCGGGCAAUAUACCCUUGUUGAAGACACUCUUGAUCCAGAAGACCUGAUUUUUCCUCGAGCCGCUACACGGGUUGGCCCGAAAUACCAGCUUACUGCUUUUCCUGACAAUGGCGGCCCACAUCUUGGUCCUGACGAAGAACGUGGGACCGACAAGACUGUUGAGGUUCUGGGAGCAGUAAAUGACUUCACUCCUUCUGAAAUGGAAGCGUGUCUUCGAAGCAUAACCAACGACGGGAAGACUCGCAGCUCUGUCGACUUCCUUACUGAAGUUGUACGCCAAUUCUCUGACGCCACACUGAAUGGCAAAUCGCUUUCCUCUGUAACACCGAAGACGCUGAACAUGCCAAGGAUCGAAAAAUGGAAAGUCCAGCCUACGAGGCGCUAUACUGAUAAAGAUUGGUCUCGGGAAGAGAUUGUAGCAUUUGAGGAUGCUAUCGCGGUACACGGAGCUGAAUUACGCGCAGUGAGAGAUGAAGUAGUAGUCAGGUCGAUAUAUGAGGUGGUGAGAUUCUACGGACAUUGGAAAAAUACCAAACUCGGUGAAGAGAACGAGAGGAUUCGUACAUAUGGCUCUAUGCCAACACCUAUUCCUUCAACGCAAUUAAGCCUUGGUGGUUUACAUCGUUCCCAAACCAUUGGCCUCUCUGACGACGAAUCUUCCAUCAUUGUCCCUCCUUCCAAAGUACCAUCCUGUGGUGCAUGUCGGACUCGAGAUAGUAAGAUAUGGUGGAAGGCACCGAAAGGACUCCAAUCGAAUGUCUUGUGUGACAGUUGCGGCGUUAAUUAUAGGAAAUAUGCCGACCUGAAUAUGAGGCCGACGAGGGAUGAGUCUACCCCGGCUCCAGUAGUGCCAUCAGGCCUAGGGCAGGGAAGCUCUACAAGGGGAAGACCGAGUGGAAGUAGCAGUAGCUCGGCGGAGAAGAGGGAGGGGACGCCAGUUGUGGGUCCUGCAUCGAAAAGAUCGAAGACCGCAUCAUCUAUACCAUCGACCCCCCCACCUCCAUCCAAUGUUCCUCAACUCCGCUGUUGCGCAUGCUCGAAGAAUGGGCCCGUUGGGAAAGUAAUAAAGUGCAAAAAGUGCGGUUUUUCAGUUCAUGCCGCAUCUGUCGGGAUUACUCUGAGCGCCGACAAGCUAGAUGACUGGCGAUGUGAUCUAUGCGAGAACGAGGAAGAACAAGAAGCUUCUAUUUACCAUGACUGCUUACUAUGCCCUCGCCCGCGUGGUCCUGUACAAUCCCGUCCCGGAUCAUAUCUUCAAGCUUGUAAAGUGACAGAGAGUCAUGGUUGGGCGCAUGUUCUAUGUUCUGUGUUCAUUCCGGAAAUCAACUUUACGAAUACAUCGACGAUGAGAUCUGUAGAAGGAAUUACUGGUAUUCCCAAUCGUAGAUGGAUGGCACAAUGUGGUAUAUGUCAGCAAAGGGGUGGUGCUGUAGUCAAAUGUAGCGACUGUUCGAAGGAAUACCAUGUGUCCUGUGCGUGGAACCAGGGUCAUACGUUUGGCUUCGAGAUCCAGCCCGUCAAAGGAACCCGGAGAGAAACGCACGUCACAACGAUGUUCAGGGGAGAACCUGGUUGUAUGAAUGCUAUUAUCUCUUGCAAGGAGCACGACCACAGUCGGCGGCAGAUAUACGAGAUUUGUGAAACUGAUGACGGAGGAGAGAGUGCUCUCCAAGUAUAUUGUCGAGCAUACAAACAAGUACCCCAAGUAUCCCAAACACAUGCACUCCUCCGGAAAGCUCGACGGCUUGACCAACUUAUCACUGUCCGGCCCGAAUCCUCCGGCCCGGUGGCUGAUUUCCCAUCUGAAGACCUCCAGUGUGUGAAAUGCUCGACGCACUUUACGCCAAAGUUUUACCAGACGGAGAGCGGAUGGUUGUGUCAUGCCUGUAAUUUCAAACCACUUCCCAUCGCGACAGCGAACCAUGACAUGAGUGGUGGCAUUGUCAAUACUCUCAAACUGCGGUCGCCAACUUUGCAGCCGGAGUCGCUCUCUGUGUCAGGGUCUGAGGUAUUGGUGAAUUGAAGUAAACUGAGGCUUGGGUAAGUGUUGCUGGAGGAUAAUCUCAUCUUAAUAUCUUUAUUAUUUGCUAUCGUGCUUUGAACGUGUUGUACUUUAAUAGUCAUUUAUCAUUGUAGGGUUUUGG